UCGUUGGUUCAUUCAUUCAUUCACAAAUUCUUGACUAUUUCCUUUGUGUUCUUGGAAGAGGUUCAAAAUGAGCGUAGAAAUCUUGGACAGUGCUACGAUCGUGAGCUUCGUGGAAGACGAAGAGGCAUUCAGAGCGACAAUUACAGAGCAUUUCAGGGAGCUUGACAUGGACAGAGAUGGGGUUCUUUCGUACGGAGAGAUGCUGAAGGAGUUGCAGAGUCUUAGAGUGUUGGAGACCCAUUUUGGAGUGGAUGUGAAACCCGACCCGGAAGAGCUUUCCUCUGUUUAUGCCUCGUUGUUCUCGCAGUUUGAUCGGGACUGCAAUGGGAAAGUUGAUCUGGGUGAGUUCAUGGCUGAAACCAGGAAGAUGAUGCUGGCCAUGGCUAAUGGUAUUGGCCUUUCUCCUGUUCGAAUGGUGUUGGAAGAGAAUAGUCUCUUGAAGAAAGCUGUGGACAGAGAAUCAACCAAACUCGCUGUUGCUUGAUUGUUUCUUUGGAAGGAUACUCAUCUCAUGAGAUCCAUCCUAACAAAAUUUUGAGACCCUUCAUCUUGUUCUUCACUUUUUACAUUUCAAUCAAUAAUUUGUUCAACUUCGCUUAUUACUUCUUUAA